ACUUAGCAGCAGUGACCGUUGAGCCUUAUUAACGUUCUUGAACGUCACUUGUGGCCUCAUAAGAAGCUGCCUUUGCGGGACACUCAAAACAUCACGUAAAUUUGACAUACUUUAAUAUAAUGGCGAAAAUUACAAAAUAUGCACAUUCAAAUGAGACAUUUGUUAAUCGCAGCCACGUUCAGGUACUGACCGGAUUAUGUCAAAUCACGUUGAACGUUGAGUUUUACACUUUAAGGUUAUAUCCAUGGAAGCGUUAGGAUUUUUUCAGCUGGUCCGUGAAAGCAGCGCCUGUGAGUUUUGGUUUGUGUUAGCAAGAGUUUUUGGACUGUGUGCAGUUGUUUACAGGCCAUACAGAGACAAACGAUGACAUAUUAACAUUCUGAUUAACCAAAAAUGUAUUUUCGACAGAUUUUGCGAACACGGUUCGUGGGGGCCGUUCAUCUAAACCGUUUGCAGCGUGUUUAUCAAGCUCAGAGACAACUGUGCACCAAAAGUGAUGAGGUGAGGCUGGCAGAGGAGGCCAGCAAGAAGUAUGGCUCCCCAGCUCAGACCAUCUUCUCCAAAGUGAUCGACAAAAGCAUCCCUGCAGAUAUCAUUUAUGAAGAUGAGAAGUGUUUGGCAUUUAGGGAUGUCAGCCCCCAGGCCCCGGUUCAUUUCCUGGUCAUUCCAAGGAUUCCUAUUCCGAGAAUAAGUGAGGCCAAAGACGAGGAUGUCGAGCUCUUAGGGCAUUUGUUGGUGAUCGCCAAAAAUGUUGCAAAGCAGGAAUCUCUAAAGGAAGGAUACAGAGUGGUGAUCAAUGAUGGAAAACACGGUGCUCAGUCGGUUUACCACCUUCACAUCCACGUCCUGGGAGGAAGACAGAUGACAUGGCCACCAGGAUAACAGUCUUUUUAAGAUGUUCAGUCCUGUGAGCGUGGCAUCGUUGAUCCAAACAAACUUAACCCCACAAUAUAUGAAAUUGUAAAUAUGUGAAUCUCAACAAAUGUAAAAAUAAAUGCUGAAGAGUAAAGA